CCGUGAAGCAACUUCCCGUCGCUGCUAGUUAGCCUUGUAGUCCACCCGCCCUCAUCCUCCUCCUCCUCCUCCUCCUCCUCCUCCUCCAGACCUCCUACACCUUCGACAAUAUCUUAAUUUCUGCGACAACCCCACCUCCUCAACCAUCACCGCCGAAUACACAUACAAGAAACGCCAUGGCUGACGACGCUCCCGCUGCUGUUGCUCCCGAUGUUGCUCCCGCGGAGACUACUGCUCCUAAGCGUGCCCGUGUCUUCCUUGACAUCGCUAUAGGAAAGGCGAAGCCCGAGCGUGUUGCUCUCGAGUUGUACAAUGACAUCUGUCCGAAGACGGCCGAGAACUUCCGCGCGCUGUGCACUGGCGAGAAGGGAGUGGGGAAGAUGGGAAAGCCGCUUCACUACAAGGAUAGCACUUUCCACCGUGUCAUCAAGGGCUUCAUGCUGCAGGCUGGUGACUUCACGGCGGGCAACGGCUCCGGCGGUGAAUCCAUCUACGGCGAAAAGUUCGAGGAUGAGAACUUCGUGAAGAAGCACGACAAGCCGUUCUUGCUGUCGAUGGCGAAUGCUGGUCCUGCUACGAAUGGAAGUCAGUUCUUCAUCACGACUGUUCCAACCCCGCAUCUCGACGGAAAGCAUGUCGUUUUUGGAGAAGUCCUCAGCGGAAAGAGUACCAUCCGCAAGAUUGAGGAUAUGCCCACCGACAACACUGACAAGCCCGGAAAGCCGGUUGUCAUCGUUAACUGCGGUGAGCUGAAGGGUCCCGACGCCGAUAUUGCUACUAUCCGCCAGGACGACGGCACUGGUGACCAGUACGAGGACUUCCCCGCCGACGAGGACCCAGACAUGGGCGGAGAGACCAUCGGUCGCAUCGCCAGCGAGAUCAAGGACUUUGGAAAUAAGGCUUUCAAGGCGGGGGAUCUUGAGCUCGGCUUGGACAAGUACCAGAAGGCUCUGCGGUACCUCGGACAGUGGCCAACUCCUGAAGACAACGAUCCCAAGGAGCUCUGGGGCCAGCUCCAGCAGCUGCGUUUCGUCUGCCACAACAACUCUGCCCUGCUCCACAACAAGCAGAACAACCCGCGGGGCGCGGUCGAGAGUGCCAGCAAGGCCCUCGAGAUUGAAGGUAUCGACGGAAAAGAUAAGGCCAAAGCGUACUUCCGACGUGCCACGGCCAAGACUAGUCUCAAGGACGACGAGGGAGCGGUUGAGGAUCUUGCCGAGGCUCACAAGCUGUCGCUUGAAGAUGCGCUCAUCGUCCAGUCGCUCGACGCGGCUAAGGCUAGGAUUGCGGCGAAGAAGCAGAAGCAGAAGGCGGCGUUGAAGAAUUUCUUCAGCUAGAAGAGUUUUGUGGAAACGGCGAUAUGGUGGUGGUGAUACCAUGGUGAUCUAAGACCGCUGCUGUACUGUUCUUCUCUUGUCUUUCUUGUUUCUUCACAAAACGGCGAUAAUGGGGUUUUUUUUCUUCUUCAAUUGGUGUUUUUGGGCUGGGUUACAUUAGAAGCCAUUUCUUCUCAUUUCCAUACUUACGCCUCAGUGAUGCCGUGAUGAAUUGGACCCUGACCUUUGUUACCCGUG